CGUAGGUGAUGUGAGAGACGCGCCGAAGACUUGCGACGUUGCCGGCGCCUUCGGAAACACAGUAAAUGAACCCGAGCGUUGCCGCUCCGAAUUUUUUCACUCUCACUCGCUGUAGCACAACAAAGAAUGAAAUUUGCAGAGCAGGCGCUUAUGUCGCGCGAUGCCGGACGAGCCGCACUGGACACAAUGCCCUCAGAAGUCAUCGACACGAUCGUCAAGAUCCUUGUGAAAGGCUCGACAACGACUGCUCAGCCUACAGAUCUUUUGACCUUGAGGCACAUCAGCGGACGUCUGAGAGCUGCAUGUCUUCCAUAUCUUUACAAGGACAAAAUGUUUACUGUUCACUGCCCUGGUCAGCUGUCGAGAUUGGCAUUAGAUUGCUUCGCCGAUCCACAUUUCGGAGCUGCUAUCAAUGCCCUCAUGAUCAGCGGAGACCAUUACGAUUCUCAGCAGUGGGGUGGCAAAGCUGCCCUGAACGUCUUGAGUAAUGCUAAUCGAGCAGCCCUGCCCAAUUUGUCGGCCCUCAAGGUCGACUCCGCUGCGCUUGUUGCCAUUCGUGACGCUCCCAAAGAAAUCACCCGUUUUCUGGCCAAAAGCAUCAAGACACUCUCGCUAGAUUAUCGCAGCACUACUCAUCGUGGCGAUGUCGUCCUCGGAGCCUACCCCACGCCAGAGUACACGCCUGCGCAAGCUCGAGACGUCUUCAACUGGGUCCAGACAUGUGCCAACGUCAAAAGCCUCACUUUCGUCGACGCUUGCGAGCAUUAUGACUUUGAAGGCUGUGCAGCCACGAUGGAGAUGCUCGGCAGUUGUGUGACCCGCUUGCCGGCUCUCGAGAGCUUGACACUGACCACUACUUGGCCUGCUAGAGGCAACACGCUGCCUGCGCACUCACAGACUACAUGGCAGACUUCCUGGCAUUCUAAGCUGCGCUCGCUCACUUUGACACGCAAAAUCAAGUUGGAGCACCUCGCCGGCUUCAUCCACUUCGCCUGCACAACACUCACCUACUUGCAUGUACACGAUAUUGAAAUCGCCGAAGGACCGGGGAGCCGUACGAUGACACUCCCUAAUCUCUUGAUGUUCGACUGGACGGAGGCGACUACAGUGACUGGACUGCAAAACUUGCGCAUGCGCAACCUGCGCACGCUGCGUCUUGGCAGCUUAGUGUCUAACGACCGCGAACUCCUGGCUUGCAUUGAUUUAAGAAUCUUCCCACUGUUGGAAGUCAUCGAGAUCUACAACCUUGCCGACCUUCUCAUGGAAAACAUCCUACGCUUGAAAGCAGCAUGCAGCAACAACGGUCUUGCGCUGAUCUUGCGAAGCACCAUCGAAGCCGAUCGAGAAGAAAAGAGAGAAAGACGGGGGCUUCCUCCUGUAGUACCGCGCAGCCUUUACUGGCAUCCAAGAUUGGUCUUCUAGCUCGGCCGCCUUGUGCUUGUAAAUCUAGGAAAUCGCAGCGCUA